AUGCAUAUGACUCACAAGGUUGAAGACCCAACCGAGGAUGGACUAGGUUCAGAAAGCCCAGCUAUGUUCUGCCCUCAAUCUUGUGAGCCCCCUCGUCCUCCUCCGCCUCCACCACCACCACCACCACCGAAACCAGCCUGUGUACCUGAAACAGCAGCACAGUCUGCUGCACCGUCAGUACCGACCGUGAUCUAUCUGCUUCCUGUGGCUCCUCCUGCUCCUGCUCCUGCUCCGUAUCCGGCUCCUGAAGCUCUACCAUCUGUUAGCUAUCGAGCUCCAGAACCUGUUCCUGCUAUAGCGCCUCAUGCAGCUGCAGUUCAUCCACCACCUGUGAGCUAUGCAGCUCCAGAAGUUCUUCCGGCUUCGGCCUACAGAGGCCCAGUGGCUGCUCCACCUGCAAGUUAUGCAGUCCCUGAAGCCGUUUCGGCUCCAGUCAGCAAACUCCCUUCAGCUCCUCUUACUGUUCCUGCAGCUUCUGUGGUUAACGAAGGUUACGUCUUACCAGGGAAUUGA